CAGAGGGCAGGCACGGCUUGGCCCAGCAGGAGCAGGGUGCUGGGCUCAGUGGGUGCUGGGCAGCGUCCGUGGGACGGAAGCACCAGGCGGGGGCGCUGCUGGGCAGGGCUGGGCCCGGCUGGGCCUGCAGGGCUGGGCCGCAGCUGCAGGUGGGGAAGUGGCCGCCUGCCCUCAGCAGCCUGGGAUGACGCUGCGCCCACGUCCGCCCAGGUGAACGUGUCCUUCUCGCUCUCCCUGGAGCUGCUCUCCUACCAGAAGCUCCCGGCCGACCAGAUGCUGCCCGGGGUGGACAUUCGGCAGAGCGCCAGUGGAGAGAAGGAGAUGGAGUUUGCUCAGGACCUGCUCCUGGAGUACACCAACCACACCACGCAGGCGAGUCCCAGCCUGCCCGCCUGGGGAGGUGCAGCCGGCCGGGCUCUGUGCUGGCCAGAGGAGGACAGCACCCGCAGGCCCUGCCCGGGGGCUCAGUCUGGCCUGGAAAGAGGCCCGCCCUGAGCACAGAGAGAUGAGGGUCCUCAUCCUUUCCUGUCUCAGGAGCCCAGAGCCUGGUGAGGGGCUGGAGGGUGGGAAAUCAGGGAAGGCUCCCUGCAGGUGGUGGCACGUGAAGCCCGCACAUGGUUUAAUCGAGGGAGAAGGGAAACACUCUGACAGCCAGGCUGCGGGAAUGGCCUGAUGGGUGGGGACAGCGAGCACCCGAGGCAGCUGGGGGGGACGACUCUCGGGCUCCUGUGGGGAUUCGAGCACCAGGGGAGCACCGCCGGCCAGAAGGUCCCCAAGCGUGGUGGGGAGGCCGAGCUGGGCCGCAGGUGCGGCUGUGAGGGAUGGGCCCAGGGAGGACUCCAGAGAGGCCAGAGCAGCAGGCUGAGUGGUGGCGCCGCUCUCUAGCUGGCACCUGGGCAGCUGCUGGGGCGCAGGUGGGGGCCCAGGCAACGGGGUUGUGUACGGCAGGCAGCACCUGAGGGUAAUGCGGGCACUGUCGGGAGCUAGAGCAGGACACGGGUGGGGCCUGAGGCUGAGGGACAGCGCCAGAUGGCCCAGGGCCCAAGAGGGACUGAGGGCCGGACCACAGGGGGUCCUAUGGCAGGAGGGUGGCCCGACUGGACCUGGAACAGGGACCAGAGCUUGGUGGGAGGGUGGCAGGGAUGGCAGGUGGAGCAGAGGGCGCCGUCCUGGCCCAUUCCCUGCACAUAAUCCAGCAGCAGCCCCUGGCCUUUGAUGGUGGCACAGCGCCCUGCUGCCCACUGGGGUGCUUCCCCUGCCGUCCUCAGGAGCAUCAGUACUUGGGGCCGGCAGGGUUCCCUGUGUCGUGGAGACCCCAGCCCAGAGCCCAGGUGGAGUGGGCUAGGUCGCCUGGUCGCACGCAGGUGGUGCUCCUGCGGGCCAUUGUGGCCAUGCCCGAGCUGCAGCUGUCCACCAAGUGGGUGGACUUUGGGACGUGCUUUGUGAACCAGAAGCGAGUCCGGGAAGUCUACCUGAUGAACCUGAGUGGCUGCCAGAGCUACUGGACCGUGCUGAUGCGUAUGUCCUGCCCUGCCACCUGCCCACCGCUCCCCUGCAGGGCUGUGGCAAUAAUACAAGACCCGCAGGAAGGGGCCUGUGUGCCCUGUCCCUGCAGACUGGCUCCCAGGGCUGGCACACCUGCAAUUCAUGCAGAGACAGCCAGUCCCCCCAUCCCAAGUGACCCCAGGGUUGCCCGGCCUGUGGUGCAGGCUGAGACCAGAGGUGCACCCCCGAGAUGCGGGCAGGCCUCCGGGGCGGGGGGUGAAGGCUUCCCAGGGCGGCACAUGGAGCUGCCUGAGCUGGCGUGUCCUCUUGCCCUCGUUACAGGCCAGCAGGAGCCAGCCAAGCAUGCUGGGGCCUUCAGGGUCUCCCCAAGCAGUGGGCUGCUGGAGGCAUGGCCCACCAAUGCACCCCCAACCUCCGUCACCCUGCAGGUUUACUUCACUGCCAGGAGCAGUGAGCUGUACGAGUCCAUGCUGGCGGUGGAAGGCGUGCUCGGCGAGGAGGCCUGCGCCCUGCGGCUCGGGGCCAAGGCUCUUACGAUGAGAGAUACUUGUUGCCCCACCAGCUCUGAGGCUCUGCCCACCCUCAGCCCCAGGCCCCUGCUGUGGAAUCAAUGUGGCCCCGGGCUGAGAGCAGGUCUGCUGGGCAGGGGGCUGGACCAGGUCAUAAAUUGGGGUUGUGGGGUGGAAACUAGAAAGGGGGUGAGCUGGUGCCUCAGGCCUGCAGCUACUCUGAACAGCUCCUGGGAUGGAGGAAGAUCCUUUCAGAAAGGGCAGUAUUUGCUACAAUUUAAUACCCAAAGGGGGAAGGCUGGGCGCGGUGGCUCACGCCUGUAAUUCUAGCACUC